GCCAACCAACUCUCUAAGGCCUGGACCUGGGAAGAUGUACACAGCGGCCGCCGCACCAAGAACCAGGCUGAAAAGGAUGCCCGUCGCAACUUUUGCUACGAGCAUAAGCUCUGCUUCUACUGUUGCUCCAGCGAACACGAUCGUGACACCUGCCCCAAGUUGAGAGACUUCAAGGAACGGAUGAAGAAGGAGAAGAAGGCUAGUGCCUGUUCUGCCGAAGUAAAGGAAGAACUGGCGGGAAAUGCGUAG